AUGAACAAGCCAAAAUUGACGCCGGGCCCAGGCCGGAGGUCCAACACCAGAGCGCCCCCUCCUCACCUUCCCUCCUGCACCGAGUCUCCGCUUCCUCCACGGCCGACCAACGCACAACACACGGCAGUUCCGUCGCCGGAGGAUCUUUUGCCGUUCGCCGACCAGGAGGGAGCGCUCGUACCCGUAUAUGAAGAUCAGCCAGUGACGCAGUCCUCUGCCCUAGCCACGUACCGCACGUUGGCAGGGAUGAACGCCUUUGCGGCGGAGCAUGAGUAUGCCUCGAAGCAGGCAGGGUUUUCAGGAUCCGAGAUACCUAUGAUGCAGGCCAAGAAAGAUUACAGUCUGCAGGAGAAGCAGAAUCAUCAUAAGAGUUGGAACUUUGGAUCCUGUGUCGUUUCCGAAUCGAAACUCGUCAAUGGCCUGGUCAUGAUCGAAAAUAAUCAAGCGCAGACUCUCCGCCAGGAGUAUGCCUUCGAUACCGCCGAGUUCGUCAAGAAGAGCGAUGUCGUCAACGGCGAUAUGGACGGUGACAUAUACCACAAGACUCGGCCUCCUACGCCUAAGCGAUAG